AUGGCAUUGAAACUACUCGUUCUCAUCGCUGGUGCGAGUGGCUACACGGGCAAGUCCAUCGUCCCCGCUUUGCUCGAGAGCGGUAACUUUGGAGUCGCCGCUACUUCGCGACCUUCUUCCCUCUCUAAGCCAGACGUGAACGAGCUCCGCGCGAAGGGAGUCGAGAUUCGCGUCGCAGACCUCAAGUCAGACAGUGUGGAACAGCUCAAGGCCGUGCUCGCAGGCGUAGACAUCCUGAUUAGCGUCGUCCGCUAUGAAGUGACCCUCGCUCAGAAAAGGUUGUUCGCUGCUGCCAAGGAGGCGGGCGUCAAGCUCGUCAUCCCCUCCGACUUUGCUACGCCGGGCGCAAGAGAACUUGCCGUGCACGACUACAUCAAGGAGCUCGGCCUUGGGUAUACGUUCAUCGAUGUGGGCUGGUGGAUGCAUCUAGUCUGUCCUGAGGGUACCCACUCGCCGUCAUGGUUCGGUCCCCAGUCGUACGAGAUCUACGGCUCUGGUGACAGAAAGAUUAUAUUGACUGAACCCGAUGCCAUCGGGAAAUACGUGGCAAGAAUCAUCGCUAACGAGAGGACUCUGAACCAGUAUGUGAUGAUAUGGGAGGACGAACUGACCCUAUUGGAGGCGAUGAUAAUCUGUGAGCAGCAAUCCGGUGAGGAAGAACUAUUGAAAUUGAGGCGCGUCUAUGUGUCGUUCAAGGAAAUGCAGCAACGUGCUACACGUUAUAAGGAAGAGUACCUACAAUCGCCGAACGAGGCUGCCCAUAUUGGACGGGUGAGCUCUGAGUAUUACAUUAGCGGGCACUUCCUCGGCGAGAAUUCCCUAGAGAACGCUAAAGCGUUGGGAGCAUUGGAUGUCCGCGAGCUAUACCCAGACAUCGUACCGAUCAAGUUUGUGAACUUCGCGAAGAAACUCUAUCACAGGCAGUAG